UUAUUUAUUAUGAGUAUUUUAUUAGUUGUUAUUUUUUUUUCUUUAUUGGAGAUAUUGCUUAAAACUAGAGAUUUAUCUGAAGUAUUGCUAGAGAAACACCUCCAGUAUUACUAGAGAUACAUCUCAAGUAGAACUAAAGACACAUCUCAAGUAGAACCAGAGAUACAUCUCAAGUAUUGGAGGUAUUGCUCAAAACUAGAGAUUUAUCUCAAGUAUUGCUAGAGAAACAUCUCAAGUAGAACUAAAGACACAUCUCAAGUAGAACCAGAGAUACAUCUCAAGUAGAACUAGAGAUACAUCACAAGUAUAUGAUAUGAUGAGUCCAACCAUGAUGAAACGACUUAAGGAGAUAGAAACAGAACAGGCCGUGCUGAUUGAAAGUAGUGGUCUCCGUCCUACUCCAGCUAGGAUGAAUUCUAUGAAAUUAGACUCGUUAAUGGAACCAAUGGACGAGGACGAAGAGGACGGAGAAAACGGAGCUCAACGACGAGUAGUGCAGGACACGGAGGAUGAGGAUGAUCUGUUUAAUGGAUUCAGUGAAGCUGAGGGGACAAUACCACUUGAUCACGGUGGGCAAGACCCAAGGGGUCUUGAACAGUUGGAGGAUGAAGUAAGAAGGUUGUCAGGACCUGACACAGAUGACUCUGCAGUGAAUAAGAUUGCAGAUAUAGUGGCGAAUAGGAUACUGCCGGAAAUCCAAAGGUCACCAGUUGAGUAUGAAAAGCUUCUCCAUGAUCUGCAGAGACAGCUGGACGAACUAAAAGUAACUGCUAAAGGUUCUGCUGCAGGGGAGCUAUGUACCAAAACCUUGGCUAUGCUAGAAGCUAUAAAGGUCUCUCAACAGAGUUUUCAAGUGUUUGUCAAGACACGGAUUGAAACCUUGGAGGAGAAGUUGGAUAUCCUCCUAUCUAAAUCAGAUUACAGGAACACUGACCGAGGAGGGAAUCGAGAGAAUAAGCAAUGCUUUUACUGUCUUGCUGAGGGACACAUGGCUAACAGAUGUAAAAUGCGAGUUUAUUGUGAAGGUUGUGGAACCCAGGAUCACCCGUAUGACAGGUGUGAGCAGCGUGAUCAGAUAUGCUCACAAUGUCAAGUGGUAGGUCAUGAUGCAAAUGUUCAUGAUACCGUAGAUAGAAGCCUCCGGAAAAAGCUUUAUGAUAAACACCCUGAAUCAUUUGCUCAUUUCUUUGAAGUUGUAUCUCAAGGGCGGCAUAAAGAUAAGGAUCUAAGAGGAAGACGGAACUCGGAUCGAGACCCAGCUUCACGGAGCAGGAAGGAUGACAGAUCCAAACGUGUAGAUAUCCAGCUUCACAGUGUACGAGGAAAAGGGGUAAUUAAAGGAAGAACCUAUGGAAGAAGGUCCUACUAAUUUAGUACGAAUUCGGUCAUAUUUCCAUCAUACUUAAUAAUCUUAUUCCUUUUACGUCUUAAAUGAAUGAUCAAGUAGAUUACUCAUGUUUUAUCCGAGAUUUUAGUUCUGAAGAUUUUAUUUGUAUGUUCCAUUAUAUUUUCCUUGAAUAUAUGAAGUCAUGAUAUUUUAAUAAAUAACAUCGUCAUAUUUUGAUUGAUUUUGGAGGUUUAAAUGAGUUAAUAAUUUUAUAUUUAAUGUUAACUGUGGAAUAUGAAUAGCUUUAAUGCGUUGAAGAAGAGUGAUAUAAGAUGGGAUGACUAAGCGAAGGUGUGAUUGAGUGAGUGAGUCAGUUAAUUUUUAUUCUAGUAAAUGAGUGAAGCUGAGCGGAUGACUGAGUGAGGGUGGGAUUGCUUGAGUUAGUGAGUUAAUUUCUGUUAAUGUGUGAGUGAUGAAUGGUUGAGUGAGAGUUAAAGUAUUGCAAAGUCAGAGUCUGAGUUAAUUUUUAUUCUAGUAAGUGAGUGAAGCUGAGCGGUUUAAGAAGAAAUGACUGGGUGAGGGUGGGAUUGCUUGAGUUAGUGAGAUAAUUUCUGUUAAUGUAUGAGUGAGAGGUAAAGUAUUGCAAAGUCUGAGACUGAGCGAGGGUGAGAUUGAUUGAGUGAGUGAUUGAAUUUACUUUUUGGUAUGAGUGAUGAAGGGUUGAGUGAGAGUUAAAUUAAAGUAAAGUCUGAGUGUAUUUUACUUCUGCAGUUCCUUAAAAUUGAUUGAUUGAGUUAUCGAUUUAAUUUUAUUUUUGGUACAAUAUUACGUCUACUUCUGCAGUUCAUUAAAAUUGAUUGAUUGAGUUAUCGAUUAACUUAAGUUUUACGUCUACAUAUCCUAAUAAUAUCACGCCUACAGUUCUUUAACUAUUUUACUUUGGGGGAGUGUAAUGCCGGAGUGUAUGUGUGCGCGAUUGAUAAACUGUCGAAGAGAGGAGUGAGUGACUGAGUAAGUGCGUUAUUAAUGAGUUAGUAAGAAUUGAUGGAGAUUCCAUUUAAUAUUGGUUGAGUGAUGGACCAUUGAGAGUUUUCGUGAUGGACGGAUUGAUUGAUUGAGUGAGUGCAAUGUUUCUCACUACGAGUUAUGAGUGGGAUUGUGCAUUGAUACUUAUGCGAUAAUGUGGCUGAGAGGGGCGACAGUGUGGUUAGGGG